AACAACCCUCAAGGUUCAGCAGCACUGACAGACAGCGGGGACGUAUUGGAGAUACAUUUUCUGUUCAUCUUCCGAGCUCACAACACAAAAGAGGGGGGAUUUAAUGACGAAGUGGAGGAACGAUUACUGUCACGGUUAGCCGGCAGAGACGUCACAUCUCCCGCAGCUGGGAGACACCAGCCCGGCCGGCCGCUGGGAGCCGACAGGCUAACUGGCUUUAGCCGGGGAAACCAGUCUCUCCACAGACAACGCUGCGUUGACGCCCACUCAUACGGGGUGAAGAUGGACUGAAAACAUGAAGGGUGGAACUGUCCCAUCGUCAAAAUAGGAGGGCUUCUCUCUUGGGUCUGGCUCUGCAGCUUAACUGUGUGACUGAGCUGGGAGACAGAGGGGAAGAUGCCUCCCAGGCCGUCCUCAGGGGAGCUAUGGGGCAUCCACUUGAUGCCUCCCAGGAUCCUGGUGGACUGCCUGCUGCCCAACGGGAUGAUUCUGACCCUGGAGUGUCUACGCGAGGCCACGCUCAUCACCAUCAAACAUGAGCUUUUCAAAGAGGCCAGGAAAUAUCCCCUCCAUCACCUCCUACAGGAGGAGACGUCCUACAUCUUUGUCAGUGUGACACAGGAAGCCGAACGGGAGGAGUUCUACGAUGAGACCCGCAGGCUGUGUGACCUCCGACUCUUCCAGCCCUUCCUCAAGGUCAUUGAACCGGUGGGCAACAGAGAGGAAAAGAUCCUCAACAGAGAGAUUGGUUUUGCCAUCGGGAUGCCAGUGUGCGAGUUUGACCUGGUGAAGGACCCCGAGGUUCAGGACUUCAGGAGAAACAUCCUGAAUGUUUGUAAAGACUCUGUGGAGCUGAGAGAUGCCAGCGGACCCCACAGUAGAGCCCUCUAUGUUUACCCACCCAACGUGGAAUCUACACAGGACCUCCCCAAACACAUCUACAGCAAACUGGACAAAGGUCAGAUUAUUGUUGUGAUUUGGGUGAUUGUUUCUCCGAACAACGACAAACAAAAAUAUACAUUGAAGAUCAACCACGACUGUGUGCCUGAACAGGUGAUCGCAGAGGCCAUCCGUAAGAAGACACGCAGCAUGCUGCUGUCCCCAGAGCAGCUCAAGAUGUGUGUCCAGGAAUAUCAGGGUAAAUACAUCCUCAAAGUUUGUGGCUGUGAUGAGUACCUGCUGGAAAAGUUCCCCAUCAGCCAGUAUAAGUAUAUCCGCAGUUGCAUCAUGCUGAGCAGGAUGCCUAACCUGAUGCUAAUGGCUAAGGACAGCCUGUACACACAGUUGCCCACAGACAACUUUGUCAUGCCUUCAUACUCGAGACGCAUCUCCACGGCAACAUCCUACAUGAACGGGGAAGCAGCUGCCAAGUCGCUGUGGACGAUCAACGGAACCCUGCGCAUACGAAUCCUCUGUGCCACUUAUGUCAACGUGAAUAUACGGGACAUAGACAAGAUAUAUGUGAGAACAGGCAUUUACCAUGGAGGUGAACAGAUGUGUGACAAUGUCAACACACAGAGAGUACCCUGCUCUAACCCCAGGUGGAAUGAGUGGCUCACCUAUGAUAUGUACAUCCCGGACAUACCCCGCGCUGCCAGGCUCUGCCUCUCCAUCUGCUCUGUCAAGGGCAGGAAGGGAGCCAAGGAGGAGCACUGCCCGCUAGCUUGGGGGAACAUCAACUUGUUCGACUACACUCACACUCUGGUGGCCAACAAGAUGGCUCUGAACCUCUGGCCUGUCCCGCAUGGCCUUGAAGACCUCCUCAAUCCCAUAGGAGUCACUGGAUCCAACCCUAAUAAGGAAACCCCGUGCCUGGAGCUGGAGUUUGACCACUUUAGUUGUCCAGUCAAAUACCCGGAUAUGAACGCAGUGGAGGAUCAUGCAAACUGGACCAUCUCGCGGGAACUGGGGUUUAACUACAACCUCUCUGGACAGAGUAACCGUGUGGCCAGAGAUCACGCCCUGACAGAGAGCGACAUUGAGCAGCUGAGACAGCUGAGUAACAGGGACCCUCUUUCAGAAAUCACUGAGCAGGAGAAAGACUUCCUCUGGAGACACAGGCACUACUGCAUGAACAUCCCCGAGAUCCUUCCCAAGAUCCUUCUCGCUGUCAAGUGGAACUCCAGAGAUGAAGUUGCACAGAUGUACUGUCUGCUAAAGGAGUGGCCAUCUAUCCGUCCUGAGCAGGCCAUGGAGCUGCUGGACUGUAACUACCCAGACCCCAUGGUCAGACACUUUGCUGUCCGCUGCCUGGACAAAUACCUGACUGAUGACAAACUGUCCCAGUACCUCAUCCAGCUUGUACAGGUGUUAAAAUAUGAGCAGUAUCUUGACAAUCCCCUGUCCCGUUUCCUCCUAAAAAAGGCGCUCACCAAUCAAAAGAUUGGUCAUUUCUUCUUCUGGCAUCUCAAGUCAGAAAUGCACAACAAAACAGUGAGCCAGCGGUUCGGGCUGCUGUUAGAGGCUUACUGCAGGGCCUGCGGCAUGUACCUCAAACACCUGAGCAGACAGGUAGAGGCCAUGGAGAAGCUCAUUAACCUCACUGACAUUCUCAAACAGGAGAAGAAGGACGAGACGCAGAAGGUGCAGAUGCGGUUUCUCGUGGACCAGAUGAAGAGACCGGACUACAUGGAUGCCUUGCAGAACUUCACCUCUCCCCUCAACCCUGCACACCAACUCGGAAACCUGAGGUUAGACGAGUGCAGGAUCAUGUCAUCGGCGAAGAGACCAUUGUGGCUGAACUGGGAGAAUCCCGACAUCAUGUCUGAGCUGCUCUUUCAGAACAACGAGCUAAUCUUCAAAAACGGAGACGACUUGCGGCAGGACAUGCUGACGUUGCAGAUUAUUAAAAUUAUGGAGAACAUCUGGCAGAAUCAGGGACUGGACCUACGGAUGCUCCCCUAUGGCUGUCUGUCAUUAGGAGACUGUGUGGGUCUCAUUGAGGUGGUGCGCAGCUCCCACACCAUCAUGCAGAUUCAGUGUAAAGGAGGCUUGAAGGGAGCGCUGCAGUUCAACUCAAACACUCUGCAUCAGUGGCUAAAGGACAAGAACAAGGGCGAGAUGUAUGACAUGGCUGUGGAUCUCUUUACGAGGUCCUGUGCUGGCUACUGUGUAGCUACAUUUAUCCUGGGGAUUGGAGACAGACACAACAGCAACAUCAUGGUCAAAGAUGACGGACAGUUGUUCCACAUAGAUUUUGGUCAUUUCCUGGAUCAUAAGAAGAAGAAAUUUGGCUACAAGAGGGAGCGGGUGCCCUUUGUACUGACACAAGACUUCCUCAUUGUCAUCAGCAAGGGAUCCCAGGAGUGUGCCAAGACCAAAGAGUUUGAGAGGUUCCAGGAGAUGUGUUACAAAGCUUACCUGGCGAUCAGGCAGCACGCUAACCUCUUCAUCAACCUGUUCUCCAUGAUGCUGGGCUCUGGCAUGCCUGAGCUGCAGUCAUUCGAUGACAUCGCUUACAUAAGGAAGACGUUGGCUCUGGAGAAAAGCGAGCAGGAGGCGUUGGACUACUUUAUGAAACAGAUGAACGAUGCUCACCAUGGAGGAUGGACCACCAAGAUGGACUGGAUAUUUCACACAAUAAGACAGCAUGCACUAAACUGAUCUACUACACACAAUCCCCCCCCCCCCCAAAAAAAAAACACACCACUAACCACCAUGGAGGAUUCGCUUCUACCCAACAGCUGUUCGUCUUACACCAUGACACACUGGUCUUUCAAGGAAUUUCAGUUCUCUGUUGAAGCAGAAAAACCAGCUUUCACUCCUUUUUGUUCUUUUUCUUUACACCAGCACGAUUUGUGUUUUUUAAAAAAAAACGAGGUUUCUGUUUUUCUGUCUCGUCUUGAACAUAAUGUCUUGCAAUCGUCAUCGCACCCUUUUUUUUGAAGAUGUGACCUACCUGUGCCGAUGACUGGCUAUGCUUCCUCUUCUUGCCAACAGGAACAAACUGUGUGGGAGAGUUUGCCUGUUGUCCUGCUACUCUUGCAAAAAGGAAAUUGAGAUGACAGUGUGAAGAUCUGCCGAUUUAAAAAAAAUGUAGCCACAAAGUGUGUCCGUCUUGCUGCUCUUCUGCUGUAUUAGUGCUGCACUGUGUGGCUCCACCCAAAAGGAAGAGGUGCUGGGAAACUUUUAUUUUAUUUUAAUGACAUCAUCUUACAUCUGACAUGACGGCGGAGAAGUCAGAGGUCACAAGGAACCGUCAAAACCAUCAACAUAUAAUCCAGGAGUUCCUCCACCUUAUGGAUUGCUGGAGUGUAGAAGCAUCUAUGUCGACCUCCACAGUCUUCCACCGUCUCUCUGGUGAAGAUACCGUCCUGACCGGAUCCAGUGUCCAGCUCUCCCAUCUUUUUUGAGGAAAUGUAAAAGCUCAACAUCUUUGCAGAAGAGUGUCUGUGUUCGCUUGGCACAGCGCUGCACUCUCCAACAGCCUCGAGGAAAAAAGCACUCCACCACUUGGGAACAUUUUUUUGUUGGUGGUGCAGCAGCAGCGUAGGACUUCAGGGUGAUGAUGCUAACUCUCCAUCAUCAACAACAACAACAACAACAACAACAAAAAGACAGCACAUGAAGAUAACAGAAUAAUAUACUGACUUUAUUAUGACUUUGUACAUUUAUUUAUAUAUCUACUUUCCUUUGGUUUCUACACAGGUAAGACUCAACCCUCCAGAUACACACACUAUUGUGGAAGUGGAAGUUUACUUUCUUUUGACCAGUUGCACCCCUAUUUUGUCAGUCUGCUGAUGCCUUUUUAGCCUGACGUCACAGCUUGGUUUAACUUUUCAUUUGACUCUAUUCAAAGUGGUUUUGUUGGGCCUAGUUUGCAGUCCUACGUGGAAUUGGGAAAAACAAUUUUGUUUGGGGGAUGCAAAAUGACAAAAGUGCCAUUCUUAAAUGUGAUGAAUAUUGGGACCUAUUUGAAGCCUCUUGGCUGUCUGUUUCGACUGUGAGCACAGACCCAGGAGAAUGUCACGUCUUCCUGUUGAUAAAAUGCCUUUGGCCUCACAGCACAAAACUCCACAACACUGUCACCCCCCCCCCCCCCCCCCCCACAAACUCUACCCAAACAAACAGCACUAUAUCAUUUCUAAAUUUAGAUUUAAGCCAUAUCAUUUCCAGUUUGAUUUCCAAACAUGUCAAGACUGAUGAUCUUGAGCAGUCCAUCAUUUGAACAUAUAAGUUCAAUAUAUAUCAUAUAUUCAUCACUGAGCCCAUAACCCUGUCACUGGUGUCAUGCUUCCUGUUGCCUGGUCCUGUUGAAGCUAUGUCAUACACCAACAGAAGCAUCAAAGUACAUUUAGCUCCUUCAACAUUUUAAAUGGAAAUGUGUGGAAUGGCAGUCGUUAAUCAAACAGUGCAUGUUGGCAAGAUUUGAAGACACUGAUUUUUAACAAAUUGUUCAUCCAUCCAUCCAUAUCCAGACGUACAUACACAUAUGCAUACCACGUUAAGGGUCGCAGGGGGCGGGGUUCACGUUGGACUGGUCCAAAUCGUUAAAGUAUUCUAAAAUCCAGAUGUGUUGUUAGGACAGGAUGUCAGCGUGUGGAUGUGAAGUGGAUAGAUGAGACCUCAGCUAAAUGUUUUUUGAAACUCGCUCCUCUGUAGUUUGAACCCGGUCCUUCAGGGUGCCGUGGUCCCCCCCUCAAAAAGGCUUCUGUGCUCACAGCAGUUUUUUCAGGGUCAAAAAGUUGAAAUCAAUCAUUUUCGGCUUACUGAUGUUAAAGACAUGGAAACCUUUGCCAUAAGAUGUGUCGACACAAAAAAGUUUUCAUGACAUUUGAUUGAUUUAUAGCAUUGAGCAGCUUUUGAAACGUUAACCUCCGUUUUGUUGUUUUGCACUUGAAUGCACUGAUAGCUCUUUCCGGUCUCUUACAGUGUUAGUGAACGUGGCAUCCUGGAAACAGAUAAAUGAUCUGCUACUGUGAGCCACAAGCAGACUGCCUAUAGUGCAGUUUCAUGUGAUGGGGGAGUUAGCUGAUAGAAUCAUAAACCACUGGGUUAAUCUAUGUAAAAUGUUAUAAAGACAAAGAGGAUUUUGAUACAGAAAUACUUAAACAUGCAUUUUGUUUAAAGCAGAUCAUAGCUUGUUGAACCUUAGACGGAUUGUAAGGGAAUGUUUUUUUUUAUGUGUGUUAAUCCAGGAAAUAUCACAACUUGAAUUCAGUGCAGAAAAUCUUGUAUUCUGUGGUUUGCUGAGGACAGAAGGAAGCAUUUAGCAAAACAAGGUGCCUCAGAGCAGCCUCAUGAGCCCCCCCUCCCAACAUACCCAGGUAACUUUUAAAAAGUAACCCCUGCAGUAUGAAACUCAAUCUGCUAGCGCAACAGAAAGUCUGCACUUUGCAAAAUCAGAUAUUGAUUGUAUGGAAAAGCCAAAGUUGGGGGGGUCUGUUCUGACGCGGUGUUGGAUGUCCUAUUAUUGCAGCAUUUAUGGCUUGAAUGUAUUUCAUUGCAAAACUUGUGCACUCACGUUUUUUUGAAUCGUCCAUGUUUUCUCUCUGAAGUCAGACGCAGUGCCAUGAAAUGAAACUGUAGGUUUUCAGUCCUGUUCACUUAUCUCUUUAUGUGCCAAAUCAGGCGUCACUGAGGCCCCGUGAAAGCUAAUGCUGGAGUCACAACUUUCUAGUUAAGAGACUAUGAAAAGAAAAACCGAUGAAAGAAAUGUUGGUUUUUAAUGCACUUAAAAAUCUGAGUUCUCAGAGGAGGACGCCGUAGGAAGAGAGUUAGAUUAGCGUGCAUGUUUCUCAAGCAGCACUUAGCAGUAUGUAUGAUGAACACGUUGAAGCAGUAUGUAUGUCCAGUUACGGUCAAUCAUCUUUUCCUAUGGUGGGAUUGAUGAUGUGUGACAAGCCUGUAGUGUUGUAAACCUUCAUAUCUUUAUCCAUGUAACCUGAUUGUGUGUGUGUGUGUGUGUGUGUGUCAUUCACUGUCUCUGUACGGGUUGCAGAGCUUCGUUGGCGGGCCCCAAUGAGCACCAUGUAUGUUAAUGAACAUGUGUGUGUGUGUGUGUGUGUGUGUGAGAUGACACUGAAGCGCUGAAAUGGUGGUGUCACUAAAUGUUUUGUAUGCCUUUUUUUUUUUUGGGAAAUGUUUUCAUUACACAAGUUGUCAACAUUUUACUUGAAGAGUCAUGAAUCAGAACCACAGCUACACUGUGCGGGUUCAAAGGGCGAGCUCGGGGUUUGCAGGGUCAAAUUAGUUCCGAUUGUGAGUGCAGGUAUUAUAUUUAAGCACCGAAGGUUGACGUAUACGAGCCAUUAAGAUUUCAGCAUGAAGAUACUUCUAAUGAACUAAUGAAGGGACGAAGUUCAACCUCAGCUAAAAGGUGCACUUAGAGCUUUGACAGGAACUUACAGGAUAAAAAGAAAAUCAAGGAUUCUUGAACUUCAUCCUGAAAAUGAAAUACAACCUCCAUCUCCUGUUAGCGAUAGUUCUCACAUUGUUCAGGUUUUUUUUUUUUUUUUUUUUUAAAAGGUCACCUGCUCCCCACGUCUGGUGCAGUGUCAGUGCAGGGUCUCUGUAAUAAUGGUUGCACUUAGUUUUACCCUCUUUUUGUGACAGUCCAAAAUCCUAACAAUGAAAACACACACCCAUGUUUUUUUUUAAAUCUGAUUAUUAAAAUGCUCGGUGUUGACUUAACGAGUCAACAACCUGCAGGAGAUUUAGAUUCACGUGUUGAUAUAAAAAUAAUUGUUCCUGCCUUUUUCUGAAGUUAGGUGAAGGUGAAAUUGUCAUUUAAGCCCCUGAUGUGUGCAGUUAAACAAUAUAAUCUGUGAAGUUUAACAAAAAGAUGCAUGUGUUCAUUCUAAGAUGCUUUUUUUUAAUUACUGUUUGUUCACCUGAUGGAAAGGUGUGAAAAAUGAAUUGUGUCCACCACCUGUAUAAAUCUAGACCCGGAUAGUUCAACAAUUUAGCUACAUCUUUUUUUUCUUCUUCUCCUAUAAAGCACUUAAACAAAAUGUGUUGUUAUGAAGCCUUAGAAUGUGUUUUUACACACGAUGAAUGUUGAGGGUUACAAACUCUCCACCUUGCGGAAAAAUAAUCUGCAUCGCAUCAAAGAGCAAAUCACUGACAUCACUGAUAAUUUGUGGUUAUUCUUCAAGGUCCCUGAAAUGUCUAGUUAAAAAAAAAAGAAGACUGUGCUUUCAUGCCCUCUUUUUUAAUGCAGUGCUCCCGUGUGUCUAAUAUGUUUCCAUAAAAUGCCAUGCUGUCAGAACUUUAACCUACACUAUGAAUGAAUGUACAACGGGCCAACGUAAUGUUUUCCACAGCCUCCCUGCAUGACACCGGGUCAAGAUGAACAUCUGUCCUUUAGCUCCAUGUUUCUUUAUUGAGUCUGCCAAGCAGCCAUACAGAUGUUUCUAUAAAUGAAUGCCUUAAGUUUGCCCCCCCUGUAGGAACAGUUUCAUACAAUAACCUGUGUUUUUUUUAAAUGUAUUUAUUCAUGUUACUUGUGUUUUAGUUUCCUGGUCACAGAGUAAAGGUUUGUAUCCUGACUGACUGGUCAUCUGAGUGUUCUGUGAAGAUGUACAAAUAAAUUUGUUAAACAUUCA